UGAUGGGAGUAAGACACGUUCUUCUGCUCUUCUGUAUGGGACUGGUGAUGGGUGACCCCUAUGGCUGUAUGAAAGUGAACCCUUGCAAGUGCCUAAUGAAGGAUGGCUCCGGCGUCAUUAACUUGUCAGCCUUGGGGGAUAUGGAAGGUUUCCUGAUCAGGGACAAGAAAGUGGAGCGUCAAGUGAACGGGACCAGAUUGUACCAGACUGUCACCUUCAGUCCCUGCCUUCCUUUCAGUGAACCUAUGGCUCUUGUCAACUGUUCCCGGGUGGCUGUGUGCGUUGUCACCAGAGGAUCACAGACAAAGGGGAGUGUCCCCCAGUAUGUAGGAUAUGGACAUCAUGAGGGCAAUGAAUUCAGUUACAGCAAUGAAAGCAAAAUUCUGACAGUUGCAUACAAAGGGAGCCCUUUCAGAACCAUUGUCCACUUUAAUUGCAGUUCAACCAAAUCGGUCACCUUUCCAGCCAUUUUGGACAGUAGUGAGAUUCUGGAGAUCACUGUGCACAGCCCCUGUGUCUGUCCCAGCAGCUGCCAGGCUGAAGAUGUGGGCCCAGGAAAUAUCAUUCUUAUCAUGUUUGCUGUGUCCCUAAUAGCUUACCUUGUAUUUGGAGCACGCUCCCUGCACUCCAUGCAGAAUCUGGAGGGAAGUCAGGUCAGCCCAGAACCCAGAAUCUGGUUCUCUGUUUGCUGCCCAAUCAGGAAAAAGCCAGAAGAAACGAAAUUGGCAGACAGUUAUAGUGACCUGGACACUACAGAAUACUUCAAGGUGUAGUUUGAUAAGACAGGGAUUAUAUACGCUAUAUUACCAAAAGUAUUGGGACGCCUGCCUUUACACGCACACAAGCUUUAAUGGCAUCCCAGUCUUAUGCCGC